CUGUCAGGAAUUGAAUUGCAGACCACAUAAUUACUGAUUGUUUCGAAAGUGACAGUUAUCAGUUAUUGAUACGUUCAGUUUCUUUCGUGAAAUUUGUGAGAAAUGUUUAAAGAAAAAAUAACUACAAAGCAUGGUCGACCAGGGAUAGCAGGGCAAAUCGAUGAAUCUUGAUUUAGCCAUAAACCAAAGCUCCAUAGUGGACGGGCUCCUCAGAAUCUUUUGUGGGUUUUUUGGAUUGUUGAUCCAUCUUCGUCACCUGCUUGUGGUUACAUGGAGAGAGUCGACUCCUUAAUGAUGAAACACUAUUACCUAUUUUGACAAAAGUUAUGCUGCCAGGAACAACUAUUCAGUGAUCAGUGGAACGCAUAGUGCAACAUUGAAAGGCACACCUAGGAGAUGCUCACAAUACUGUUGACCACUCCUUGAAUUUUGUUGACAGAGCUACUAGUUUUCCUACACAAAAAUCUGAGAAUUCCUGGAAUAAACACAAAUUACGAGUGAAACGGAUGCUCUGAUGAAGAAGAUAAUUUUUAAACACUUGCAUGAAUUCAUGUGGAAAGAAUGAAACCAGAACAACAAGUUUCAUCGAUUCUGUAGAACGAAUUAACGAUUCACGGGAGAUUCUUGCACGGAGUUCGGCCUCUGUGGUGCGCUACCGUCGGGGGCCAGUACGCGGUCAUUGACUACCUCCUUUCCAAAGGAGCCAAUGUGAAUGGCAUUACCAGAUUCAACAGCACUCCUCUGCGAGCAGCGUGUAUCCAUGGCCACCUCGAUAUUGCCAAACUUCUUGUGGAACACGGAGCCUCCACCGAGACUACUGAUCCAUACUCGUUCACUUGUCUGAUGCUCGCUGCUCACAACCGCCGUCUGGAAAUUGUGAAAUACCUUUUAGAAAUUGGCGUUGACGUGAACGGAAAGAGUAUAGACGGGCAAAGCGCUUUGCAUGUGAGUGCGGAAAUAGGACAUAUUGAAAUAAUGAAAGUGUUGCUGGAUCACAAUGGUCAAAUGGAGGCCGACAUUUCUGAACUGAACGAUGAGGUUUCGAAUGCUGUAAUGUUCUGUGCUGAUUUGACUGAAAUAUUUUUUCGUUUCUUGGAAUUACUCCUCUGAUUCUGGCGAGCUUUCGUUGCCACUUGGAAAUGGUAGAAUAUCUUGUAAGCAGAACAGACUUGAUAUCUGUUAAAGAGAAAGCCGAUGCAUUCGAGUUACUUGGAGCUUCGCUUUUAGACGAUUUGGAAGAUAUUGUCAGUGUUAUUCAGUACUGGAAAUCAGCUAUGAGCCACAGGUACGUAGAUGGUGUCCUGACUUAUCCAAAAUCCGAACUGAAUUUGGAAGGUCCUGCACACGAGGAGUUCAGGGAAGUCACCACCUUAGAGCAACUAGAGGCCAUAGAGACUGACUUCGAGUCAGUCCAACGUCAGUCUCUCCUCGUGAAGGAGAGGGUUUUAGGACCCGAUCAUUUUACCACACUGCUAUAUAUCCGGGACGCAGGUCUCGACUACGCAAAUGACGGUGCUUUCAAGCAAUGCAUCAACCUGUGGGUUCACGCUAUCGAAGUGCAAUAUUUCCGGCUAAAACCACUCAACCACGCUAGGCUCUACCACUUCAGGUCAUUCGUGGGGCUGUUUUCAUCCCUGACGGACGCAGAGCAUGUAAGUAACUGGAAUCGUCAACCUAAGGAUUUUUUCGAUGAUAUUAUGUGUGUGUUUGAAAAAGGCGCGAGGGAAUUGAAUCUGGUUGUUUCCGAAUUAGAUCAAAGCGACAUUUCCGUGAAGAAGCUAAAUGAAUCACACCUUAACGAGUGUGUUGCAAUCAUCAUGCAUUUAUUAGUAUCGUUAACUAUGUUACAGCCACAGCUCUCGUCCUCUCAGAUACACACUUUCAGGAGUGCGUUGUAUCAACUACUGAAGAAGGAUCCAAGGGAUGCAGCGGGUUGGAGCCUUCUCCACAUCGCCUGCUGUAGAAGCUUUAAGCUCAUGGACGGGUUUUCAGUGCCGGUGUCUAGCACUCCUAGAAAGACAGUCAUCGACCUCCUGCUGGACACCGGUGCAGAUCCUUGCGCCACCGACAAGGAGGGCAACACGCCCCUCCACACGCUUGCCAAAAAUGAGGAUUGCUCCAAGGGCAUGGUCGAGUCACUUUUGCGAGCCGGUGCUCACUUAGACGCCAUGAAUAGCCGAAGGCAGACGUUCUGGUCACUGAGGGGUUCCCGGGAACCCGUUCUUUCUAAGGCAAAGGUGCUGAGUCACACCUCUCUGCAAUGCUUAGCUGCCACUUGCAUUCGGGAACAUGGGAUUCCUUAUAAGGGUAUCUUACAUCCCCGACUUGAGAAAUUUGUUGACAUGCACUAAUCAAGUAUCAUUUUUAAUGUUGCUAUUUAUAUUUGUAUAUAUAAAAGUAUUUAUUUCAUGUAAGAAAUUCUUGUACAUUUGUUCUGUAAAUAUGU